AUGGCCAAGGUGUAUAAUGAGUCCCACAUGAGCGAGACAACUCCGCUCGAAGAAUCACCCAUUCCAUUGACUGAUCCAGUGGAAAGGAUUGCUACUGAUGUUGACUCCUGCAACAGCCCGUGCAAUAGAGUGGCUCACCAAGACAAUCUUGACAUUUAUGAUGCAUCUCCUGUCUUCUGGUGGAGCUUCUCGAUUGAGGAGGUGAUCCAUAGUUUGAAUGACACUCCAACAUUGUACAUGAACUUGCCAUGGUUUUUGGGAGUUGCAAAGGCUCAAAUGAGCCUUGGUCCUGCUCGCAUGUCGCCUCGUGCUUGCAAGUGGGACCUUGACCCAAGUCUUCCUACCUUUGCUGCCCCUUGCUUCCACCCUGUCAUUCCACCAACACGACUUCCGGAAGACACAGGGUGCAUCAACCACAGUCUCAGAAGCUCACUGGACAAGGAGAUUUUGGAGUUGAAGAACUACCUUCCUGAGUGGACUGCUGCCAAAAGGAGUGAGAAGCGAGCGAUUUUCACUGCCAUAGCAAGGGCGGCCAGGUUGUUUGCUCCUAAGUUGGACCAAAAACAAUGGAAAAAGAGGAAGCAGGUGUACAAGACUUGGUUGUUCAACAACAAGAAAAAGAAGGAAAGGAAGGACAUGAUCAAGUAUGGGAGGAAAUGGACACCCAGGAUGGUGGUCUACCAGCAGAAACGCGAAGAGGUGCUGAAGAGGAUUGAGGACGAGUCUGGGGUAAAGCCAGGAGAUCCUGGUAUGUUCAAACAUUAUCAGGCGGCGGUGAAGAGAGUCAUGGCUGAAUUGGACGACGAUGAGUUGGAGAAGGCAAAAGAAACAGCGGAGGAGUGGUCCAACAACUGUCCGCCUCCGGAGAUACAAGCACAAGUAGCUCGUAAGAAGGGUCCGGCAUAUAUGGAGCACUUUUCGAACGAGAUGUGGAGGCAAUGUGGGAUGAGAGUUUUUGUGAUGUCGGCUUGGAAGAAUGAAAAGGGAGAGGUGCUGCAUGAUGAUAACAAGGCCUUAGGAAAUGGGGACAGCUUCAUGAAGACGAAGGACUGGGAGGACAUUGAGCCAGUGUGGCAGGAGUACAGCGCAGGAACAGUUCGGCUCCAGUGGCAUGGGAUGGAGGAUGUCAGGUCAAGGGAGGUCGAAAAAGAAUUCGAAAACCAGCUUUCGAACUCAAAAUGGACGGGGAGGGAGAAGAAGGCCAUAGUGAGGGCCUUUCUUACAUCGCACUAUCGGAUAUGUUCCGGGAAGGACAAGGCGGUUGUGCCAUGGAGUGCCAUUGUACAAAGUCAGGAUGACUUCGUGGCCCGGACGUAUCUUCCGGCGGAUGUUAACUUGAAGGAGCCUUCGAAGCUGCAAAAUUGGGACACGACUGCCUUGCUCCAUUUCUGGUGUGCUCGGCAGGAAACAGGCAAAGGUCCCACAUUUCUGUUCAAAGCAUGGAAGAACAAUGAUGGGGACAUGGUACCAUCUGUCAUAUCUGGCAAGUCGCCCUCUCCUCAGACUCAUAUAGUGAGAAAGCAGCAGAGGGUUACCAUCCGAAGGCCUCGGGAUUCGUCGACAGAAGCCGAGAGUGAUAAGGAGAGUGCCACUAAUCAUACUGAGGAUGAUGUGGAUGAUGACUUGGCUGACGGGAGACAUCUGCUGAAGAAACCCAGGACGGUGAAGGUACAACAAUUCAGAUGGGUUUCUGGACCAGGCUCAAGGCUCAGAGGAGAGGAAAUAUCAUAA